AUGGCGCUCGCACCCAAAUUCGCCGGGCAGAAGCUCGCCGGCGCCGCCACGCAGCCCAAAGCCGUGCACACAAUCGAGAUCUACCUCGACUACGUGUGCCCCUUCAGCGCCAAGCUGUUCGCAACGCUGUACAGCACGGCGCUGCGACAGACGCUGCUGGGCAAGUACGCAGGCCGCGUGGAGACCAUCUUCCGGCAGCAGAUCCAGCCGUGGCACCCGUCGUCGACGCUGGCGCACGAGGCGGGCUUCGCGGUGCUGAAAGUGCAGCCGGCGGCCUUUUACGCUUUCAGCGCCGCGCUGUUCGCCCAGCAGCGGGAUUUCUUCGAUGCCAGCGUUGUGCAUGAGACGCGCAACGAUACGUACAAGCGCCUGGCGCAGAUUGCGGGCGGCGUCGGCGUGGAUGCAAAGCGCGUGUACGAAUUGCUGGAGAUUAGCGAUCAGCCGGAUAAAGAGGGCGGGCUGAAUGCGGGGAAUGGCGUGACGGACUUUGUGAAGCUGCAGACCAAGUUCAACCGCGCGCAGGGCGUGCACGUCACGCCGACGGUCGUGUUUGAUGGGGUUGUGAAUAAUGAUAUCUCGAGCAGCUGGACGGAGGAGCAGUGGGAGGAGUGGCUGGAGAAGAAUGUGGCGUGA